AUGUCCUCAUCAAAAUCUCAGGCUGGGACUCCUGUCUUCUCUCUGGUCCCAUUAAGAUCAGGCUGUGCAGUAUAUGUACCCUGGGCUGAAAUUCUGGACUUCACUGAAGAUUUGUUUGGGACUUUAAGGGGUCUGUGUUGGGUUGGACCACUCUUGGCUCAGGCAGGGUCAGGUCUGGAUGUUGGCUUAAGUGGAGGUUCAGACCCUGGAACAGUAGAUGGGGUGAGAGUACGGGAUAAGAAGGGGACCAAUCUCUUCUGCUUGGCAUUUCCCGGCAGCCCCUCGCUGUGGUGGGUCUUGUACACAACCAUCAUGGCGGCAGCCCGAGCCACGAAUGACGACAGGGACUCAGGCAUGGAACAAGAUGCCCAGAAGCUACAGCUCAACUGUGUAAACACCAAGGCUGAGACCACCUCCCUCGCCUCCUCAUCGCCCUCUGCCUCAGCGACCAAGAGCAGCCUGCAGGCGGACCAGUUGCUGGAGAAUAUAGCCAGUACCCAGGCCUCAGUCAGCAAUGGCGACAACGCUGAAUUGGAGAAGGAGCUGGUGGAUCUGAAGAUCAUCUGGAACAAAAACAAGUAUGACCUGCGAGUGCCUCUGGACAGCACCGGGGCGGAGCUGAAGCGCAGGAUCCACUCCAUUACAGGACUACCACCUGCCAUGCAGAAAGUUAUGUUUAAGAGACUUCUACCUGAGGAGAAAACAUUACGGGAAAUCAAAGUGACCAGUGGUGCCAAGAUUAUGGUGGUUGGAUCUACAAUAAACGAUGUUACACCCAAAGAGGCAGCACAGCAAGAAGCGAAAGCUGAAGAGAGUAAAAAGAAGCCACUUUGUAGGCAAAAGCAACACAGAACAGUAUUAGAUAAAGGGAAACUUGAAGUGAUGCCUUCUGCUAAGAGUGCCCAGGAACAACUGCCAACAGUACCUUUAUCAGGCAUGUACAACGAGAGAGGAGGAAAAGUAAGACUCACCUUUAAAUUAGAACAAGACCAAUUGUGGAUUGUCCCUAAAGAGGGAGCUGAAAAAUUAUCCAGAUGCUCCAUUCAAAAUUUGGUCAGUGAACCUAUUGAAAGACAUGAAGAUCACCACAUGAUGCAAUAAAUUGGAUGUACUUUUGUUGGUAAUCAAACUCUCCCAGCAGUUGAGUGAGUACAAUUCAAGACAUCAAGGGAGACAAAUGGGGCAAGAGCCAUCUUUUGCCAGCUUUGACUAAGCACGGUGUAGGCUUUAUUUCCAAAUGUGACAUUACAUCAUUUUGCCUUGACUAGCUUUUAAAUAUUUUCUGAAGUUGGCUAGCCCUGUCCUAGUGACUUCAAGAGUGAAAUGGAGAAGGGAGGUGGUUGAGUCAAUUUUUGAAGCUUUUCCUUAAGAGAUGGGCUUUUGACCUGUGAUAUCAUUCUUUCCACAAGUAUUUGAGCAACUCCUGUGUACAUAACCCUGUGGUGGACAUAAAAAUUAAAAUCAUAGACCGCCAAAA